AUGUCGUGGACACUCGUUCGGCCGGCCGCUGUGGCCCAUAGCCAUGGCUUGUCGGGUCUGCCCGCGCUCUCCGCAAUCUUGGACGGUGCGUCGGUAUCAUCGCCCGUCACCCAGCGCACGCAGCGCCGCCAAUGGCACAACACGCUGAGCAACAGGCAUCACCGAGCCAUUGCUUCUCGCCAUUCGCUGGCCCUCGUUGCAGUUCCAAAAAGUCAACAGCGCAUUCGGCACGCCACAGUUCUUCCCACUGUUCCCGCGCUUCCAGCUACGGGCGUCAUCAAGGUCAAUUCGGCAUACUCUACUAAAGUCCUGCCGCCUACGACGCCCUACGCCGAGCUCACCGUCGGCGUGCCCAAGGAGACUUACCCAAACGAGCGACGAGUGGCACUGACGCCGCAGAAUGUUGCCUUGUUAAAAAAGAAGGGCUUCAAACGCGUCCUUGUCGAGCGCGGUGCAGGCGCCGAGGCCGACUUUCCCGAUGAGGAGUAUGAGAAGGCGGGCGCCGAGCUGGUGGAUGCCGGCAACGUCUGGGCCAAUUCCGACAUUUUGCUGAAAGUCCGUGGUCCGAGUCUCAGCGAGGCCGAGGGCAUGAAGACGGGCCAGACUCUUAUCUCGUUCCUCCAGCCGGCACAGAACAAGGAACUGGUGCAGAAGCUCUCUGAAAAGAAGGCGACAUCAUUUGCUAUGGAGAUGAUUCCGCGUAUCUCUCGCGCCCAGGUGUUUGAUGCUCUCAGUUCCAUGGCCAACAUUGCCGGUUACAAGGCUGUGCUGGAAGCCUCCAACAACUUUGGCCGCUUCCUGACAGGUCAGGUCACGGCCGCCGGAAAGAUUCCACCGUGCAAAGUCUUGGUCGUCGGUGCUGGCGUGGCCGGUCUGAGUGCCAUCGCAACCGCCAGGCGCAUGGGUGCCAUCGUGAGAGGCUUCGACACGCGCCCUGCCACCCGUGAACAAGUCCAGUCUCUUGGUGCUGAGUUCAUUGAGGUCGAUGUUCAAGAAGACGGCUCCGGAGCCGGUGGCUAUGCCAAGGAGAUGUCCAAGGAAUUUCAGGAAGCACAACUGCGUCUCUUUACCAACCAAGCCCGCGAGGUCGACAUCAUCAUUACCACAGCCCUGAUUCCCGGGAAGCCCGCCCCCAAGCUGAUCACCAAGUCUAUGCUCGAGACCAUGAAGCCCGGCUCGGUUGUCGUCGAUUUGGCUGCCGAGGCAGGUGGAAACUGCGAAAAGACGGUGCCCGGAGAGCUGGUAACUUACAAGGGGGUCAAAAUCAUCGGCUACACUGAUCUUCCUUCCCGCCUGCCGACACAGUCGUCUACGCUGUACUCGAACAAUAUCACCAAGCUGCUGCUUUCCAUGGCUCCCGUUGAGAAGGAGUUUGGAAUCGACCUGUCAGACGAGGUUGUUCGUGGUGCCAUCGUGACGCAGAAGGGAGAGGUUCUCCCGCCCGCUCCCCGACCUGCUCCACCCCCUGCUCCGGUCGCCAAGCCAGUCACCAAAGAGGCCGAGGUGGUUUCCCUGACCCCGUUCCAGAAGGAGGCGCGGGAGGUCGCUACUGUCACUGGAGGCAUGGGCGCUGCCCUGGCUCUCGGCAAGCUGACUGGGCCAGCCUUUAUGGGCAAUAUGUUCACCUUUGGUCUUGCCAGUUUGAUUGGUUAUCGUGCUGUCUGGAAUGUCGCCCCCGCGCUGCACAGUCCUUUGAUGAGUGUCACCAACGCCAUCUCGGGUAUGGUCGGUAUUGGAGGUCUCUUCGUCCUGGGCGGAGGCUUCUUCCCCCACACCAUCCCACAAGCGUUUGGUGCGUUGUCGGUUCUGCUGGCAUUCGUGAACGUCUCUGGUGGCUUUGUAAUCACAAAGCGCAUGCUUGACAUGUUCAAACGUCCGACUGAUCCUCCAGAGUACCCCUGGCUGUACGGAAUCCCUGCCGUUCUUUUCGGCGGUGGUUUCCUUGCUGCAGCUUCCACCGGCGCCGCGGGUCUUGUGCAGGCUGGAUACCUGGUCUCUUCUGUUCUUUGCAUCAGCUCCAUCUCGAGUCUUGCUUCGCAGGCUACCGCCCGCAUGGGUAACUCAUUGGGCAUACUCGGCGUUGGAUCCGGAGUUCUUGCAUCUCUGCUUGCUGUUGGUUUCUCCCCAGAGGUCUUGACACAGUUCGUUGGACUUGCGGCCAUGGGUGGAUUGGCCGGGUUCAUGAUCGGAAAGCGCAUCACCCCGACCGACCUUCCGCAGACUGUGGCUGCUCUGCACUCGGUUGUCGGUCUCGCUGCUGUCUUGACCAGCAUCGGCAGCGUCAUGACUGACGUACAUGAUGUUUCCACACUGCAUCUCGUAACAGCAUAUCUGGGUGUUCUUAUCGGUGGUAUUACAUUCACCGGUUCCAUAGUCGCUUUUGCCAAACUCGCCGGCAAGAUGUCUUCCAAGCCCAUCAUUCUUCCAGGCCGUCACCUCAUCAACGCUGGCAUGCUGGGCACGAACUUGGCAACAAUGGGUGCCUUCGUGACCAUGGCACCGGGUGCACCUAUGGUUGCCGCAGGUGCACUAGCCGCCAACACGGUUCUGUCAUUCAUCCAAGGCUUCACCACGACGGCUGCCAUCGGUGGCGCAGACAUGCCUGUUGUAAUCACUGUGCUGAAUGCCUAUAGUGGCUUCGCUCUCGUGGCCGAGGGUUUCAUGCUGGACAAUUCACUUUUGACGACUGUCGGCGCCCUCAUAGGGGUGUCUGGAUCCAUUCUAUCAUAUAUUAUGUGCGUGGCAAUGAAUCGGUCUCUGACAAACGUCCUAUUUGGCGGCAUAUCGGCACCUCAGCAAACCGAGUACAAGAUGGAAGGCUCCAUAACGCAAACCAACGUCGAAGACACGGCCGAAGCGCUCCUCAACGCCGAAAACGUCAUCAUCGUCGUGGGUUAUGGCAUGGCGGUCGCCAAGGCGCAGUACGCCAUCUCCGAGUUCACGCAGUUCCUGCGCAGCAAGGGCAUCAACGUCCGGUUCGCCAUUCACCCGGUGGCCGGCCGCAUGCCGGGCCAGUGCAACGUGCUCCUGGCUGAGGCCAGCGUCCCGUACGACAUUGUACUGGAGAUGGACGAGAUCAACGACGACUUCUCCGAGACGGACGUGACGCUCGUCAUCGGCGCCAACGACACGGUCAACCCGAUCGCGCUGGAGCCGGGCAGUCCCAUCGCGGGCAUGCCGGUCCUGCACGCGUGGAAGAGCAAGACGGUCAUUGUGAUGAAGAGAGGUCUCGCAAGCGGUUACGCCGACGUGCCGAACCCCAUGUUCUACAUGCCGGGCACGAGGAUGCUGUUUGGCGAUGCAAAGACAACUUGCGAUGCUAUCAAAGCAGCCCUCGAGGCUCGUCAGUAA